AUGGCUCGCCGUUAUGAUAGUCGUACAACUAUUUUCUCCCCUGAAGGACGUCUUUAUCAGGUAAAAUGAAGCUAGAUAGUUUAUUCACUGCCAUUAUUUAACAUAAAAAAAAAAUAAUUGAAGAAUAGAUGAUCAAGUGAAGGAAUAGGCAGAGAAAUAACAAUACACGGGAAAGAGUCAACCCCAACGAGUUGACGGGUACCCGGAAAUAUGGCAAAUUCACAGGAGACGAGAGGGGAUAUUUUCAUGAAAGGCUUCAAACGGAAGAGCAUUCAACUUUUUACGCAGAGUUUCUGGGGUAACGUUAAAAUCUAAAUAAGAAGUUAGUUUAUUCCAAAGAGGAAUAGUUCUAGAAAAAAAGUCAUUAGAAAACUGACCAGUAGUCCGUAGUCGAAGUGGAUUCCUCUGUAAAAAGGAUAAAGAGAAGAAUUUAUUACGUUCGAGAAAAUGAUCACAGCCACAGAUGAAGUUAUUUUAUAUAUUUUUUCGCGUAUGUCUGGAAGUCCUUAGCUGUGGAAAUUUUUUCGCCCCUUUUCACGAAUUUCGUUCAGGUCGAGUAUGCCAUGGAAGCUAUCAGCCAUGCGGGAACAUGCCUUGGGAUUCUAGCUUCUGACGGUAUCUUGAUUGCUGCUGAGAAGCGCAACGUCCACAAACUCCUCGAUGACUCGGUUUGUGCUCAUAUCUGUUUUGUCUAUCAUAGUAAAAAAAAAUUUUUUGAAAGUUAAUAGGUUUUUAAGAAAGGUUUCGAUAGUUUUCAACAGUUUCAAACUUAUGAAUUUCAGAAAUUCAAUUAUUAAGAGUUCGUGGUUUUUAUUCAUAUUUUACCGCAUUUUCAGAUUCUCGCUGAGAAAAUCUACCGCCUGUCUGACAAUAUCGCAUGCACUGUAGCUGGAAUCACAGCCGAUGCGAACAUUCUCAUCAAUCAUCUCCGAUGGUUACAAUCGUUAUUAUUUAGUCGAAAGAAUUCGCUAGGUCCCUUGAAGUUGAUAGGAAUAUUUUGGACUGGAAAUUAAUAAAUUCAUAUGAACGACUCGCGGGUAUAUGAGAGAAGCUUGUGAUAAUAGAUACAGACAAAAUGACCGUCAAGAAAAUAACUGUUUACCAAAAAACUUGGCCAAAUUGAACGGUCUUCUAAGAUACAUUCAAAUUUAAAGCAAGUAAAUUUUUGAAUCGGAAUGUUUAAAUUUCACUUUUUUUUUCUCGGCUAUCUUAAGGCUCUGUUGUCUGAGGCUAUUGUGGGAUUCUCAUUAUUGUGGCUGUUAUAGAGGUUAUUCUUUCAUAUACCCUGCCUCCGGACCACUUUUUGACUACACGAUAAGCCGCUGUAAAAGUCUUAUAUGAAAAAAAGAACAUCGGUUUUAAGGUGGGCGGCCAACUAUCGUCUCUCCUAUGGUGAGGAAAUGCCAGUAGAACAGUUGGUACAGAACCUUUGCAAUGAAAAGCAGCGCUACACGCAGAUUGGAGGCAUGUGUUUUUCUCAUUUUUGCUCUUGUAAACGAUUGGAAUUAGGAAAACGCCCGUUCGGUGUUUCUCUGCUCUACGUGGGAUGGGACAAGCACUACGGAUUCCAACUUUACCAAUCGGAUCCUUCUGGAAACUACACCGGCUGGAAGGCUACCUGCAUCGGAAACAAUCAUCAGGUGCGUAAAGUCACAUGUAUUUUCGAAGUUCUUCUUUUUUUUCAAGGCUGCCGUUUCUCUUCUCAAGCAAGAAUACAAGACGCCGACACUGGAAGAAGCCAAAAAACUGGCCGUCAAAGUUCUGUGGAAAACGUUGGACGUGAAGUUAGCUCCAGAAAAAGGUUCGAGUUUUUAUUGUGUUCAAAAUUUCCUGAUUCUCCAAUCACCUUUUUCUUCGAAAAAUAAGGAAAACACCCUUUGGAGUAUAGCUACUCUGUGAAAAGGAUUUAAACUAGAUAUUCCAGUUUUUUGCGAUCAGAAUUGAAAUUUUCGAGAUUUGGGAGUACACUAGAGCAAGUUUGCAAAAGAAGUAAUGAUGAACUUACAACUAAAUAUAGUUAAAACGCGUUGAAAACUGCUAAAUGCCGAACCAAACCACGUUAACUACUCAGUUUUUUGUAUAUGUAUAAUGGAAGAUUUAUUUCAAGCCAUUUUCGUUGAAAAAAAUAUCAUAUAUUAUUACUGUUCAAUUACAGUUGAAAUGGCUGUGCUGACGCGUCGCGAUGGAAAGACAGUUCUGGAGGAUUUGGCGCAUUCCGAAGUGGAAACUCUCAUCAAGGAGCACGAGAAGAAGGAGAAGGAAGCGGAGAGCGCCGAGAAGAAGUAAAAGUGCACUUCCACCUUUUAUUCUCAUGUGUUCAAGUUAUUUAUUUUAAUUGAGUGGUUUUCAUCCCCUUUUUCUGUUAAACCUUACCGGUGGCCGCUUUCUCAUAUUUGGACUGUUUCUCAAUAAACUUAUUAAAUAAAGCAAAAAUUACUUACUAUGAAUUGUUACCAAACAAAAACUAUUUUCAAAAAAACUACAAAGUUAUUUUUCUUAUAUUUUUGAAGGAAAAUGUCUAUUUUGUCUCCAAAUGAGCUUUCAUUCCUGCGACUGCUCGAGCGAACAAAACGCCUUGCCCGUGAUGCCAUGCAAGAGAACUUGUGGAAGGUUUGCACCCUCAAACACAGCUCGUGAACCUUGUCUCUGGUGUUCAAAGUUGAAUUUUGAAACAACUAUGAGACCUUUUUACUGUAUUAAUUUGCAACUGGAACAUGUUGUAAAAUCGGAUUCACAACAAAAAAAAAGCGGAUAUUAUAAUAGACCUAGUACAUACUGAGAAAAGCUGGAAUGGGUCUUAUAGGAAGAAAAAAGACCCAUAGGGAGGUAUAGCCCAUUCCGCGCGAGCUUGUCACUUUUUUAUACCGUAUACAAAAUCAGAUCAAAAUUGAGCAUCUUCGCUUCGAGACCUUUGUUUUUUUCUAUCUUUUCAGCAGUUGUGUAAAGCAAAAGUUUGUAUUUACGGCAACUUGUUCUUUUCUGUUUUUUUGAAACGUGAUCGUUUCGCUCGGAACGUACUAUAUAGAUCCCCGUUUGCGACACCAAUAUGGUCAUCUAGGGCCCACUAUAGGGUUUUUGCAGAAAGUGGAUAGAAAGUCUGGAAGAGAACACUUUAGUUUUCUCAGGAUUAAACUUUUCCAACAUAUGAUGAAUAAAUGACGCAUAGGAAGACAGAAAUUUUACAUUUUUUAUUGAUUCAGUAACUCGUAAAAAAUGAAAGAAUCAUCAAAAAAGAUGAUUUAACCGCUUUUAUAAUUUUAAAAAACGAGGCAAAAAACGCGUUGCGCCCUCCCUAACGAUUUUAGGCCUGCAAAGUGAAUUUCCCUAAACGACAAAGUGGUUUCCGACAGGAAAUCCUUCAAGUUUCAUCUUUCAGGAGGUCCUAAUACACUCCCUUCAGGGCUCACUAAAUAUCAAACUCCUUUUCGGACCCACUUUAGCUUUUCCCAGUAUCUUGGAAUUUAACCUCACUGAGGAUUUGAAGCAGACCUUAACCCGAGAAAUAUUUCAGGUCUCAGCAGCAGUCGGUUAUUUGCAAAACCUGAUCAGUCGUAUGCAGGAUGAAAAAGAGUUGGUUGAUCGGUCCGUAGUUCAAUAUACUUUUUGUCUAGCUCUCAUUCGAAGGAAGUCCUGUUGCAGUACCGCCGAGAAGUCAAUCAAUUGAGCUUGUUGGUCGAGGCUGAGAAAAAUGUCAGUCGCCAAAUAUCCUCUCAUCGCUCGAUUUAUGUUACAGUCCCAGCUGGAAGUCAAGCUCAACGCCGUCGAGAAAAUUCCGCGUCUAUUUCCAGAAGUCGAAGUGAAUGUGAAAAUACAAGAAAGUAAGACUGAGUCUGAGUUCUACGCAAUUAUUUAAUUUUUAACAGAAUCUCCAGCCGUCGCAGAAGAAGUUCUCGAAUCGGGCGCCGGAGUUCGCGCCAGAAGCCGAGCGCUUUAUCGCGCCGAUUUGCGACAAGCCCUUCUUGGAACUGCCGCAAAAGCCUUUGACCGUAAUCGUUUCUUCCAAUAAUUAGGCUAUCAUGAUUGCAAAAUUUAUCGUUUCAAGUUUUUCUAACCAUGGUAAGAAGUUUGGGUAGUUUAUACAAAUUCGCUCUAGUAUCCGAAAGUUUAGAUUAAAAUCGUUUAUUUUUGCUACAUAAGCGAGUUCCUUAUUUUCAUGAGAUUCAAAUAUACCGUCAGAAAAAAAGAAGAGCUUCACAAGAAAUACACAGGCUUUGAAAAUGUCUCUUUUAAACAGGGGAAACUCCAUCAAUCAAACAUUUGAUCUAAAUAAGGAUUUUGUUUUUUUCCGAAUAGACUCAUGUUAACUUCAGAAGACGAGAUCGAGCGGCGGGAAGAGUUUAGAGAGUCUGAACUCGCUGAAGAACUGCUGACAAUGACCAAAAGAUUGAAGUCUACCAUGAGCGCAGCAAACGCUGUCAUCAAAGACGACAACAAGGUUCAAAGACUUUUUUUUGGAGUCGGUAGCUAUAUUUUGUGCUUUCAGAGGCUGGCUAAAAUGCAGAACCAGGUAGAAGCCAACAGAGAAAACUUGGAGGUUCCUCUCUUGAUUGGUCAAACAAUCAAAUAAUGGAAUGUUUUGAGGUGGAAAGCACGCGAGUAGCUCAUCACGCCUACAAGUGCGGUUUCGACUGCAUGCUCAUUUUCAUCGCGUUGUUCGUCUUCUGGAGCUUCCUCGUGAUGGUCGUCGUCAUGAGGGUUUUUCCCAAAAGGACGUUUUCUUGAACGAGAAACUAUGUAAAUACACAAUUCUUUUCAUUAGUGAUAAUAAUACUUACUGGGUGGAACUUUCGGGUUAAUAAAAUUAAGAUAACGUAAUAACAUAAUUUGAAACUUUUUAUGAAAUCAAACAACGGUGCCCCUGCAGACGCUUUCAGCCUUUUUCAUACUAGAUUUUUUUUUUUUGAUUGCGCAUGGGUAUAAGUAGGUAGAAAGAACAGUAUUCUCUUUGCCGCUUGUGUAGGAAAGUUUAGCGAAAAGUUGUAGAAUAUUUUUGCAAGCAUUGAUUGGCGCCAACUUUCGAACUCGCCUCCUACGGAAGAAGGAAGGAAUAUUUGCAUAUACGCUGCCACUUUUCAUCUCGUUCAAAAACGAAUUUCUCUAUAAUUUUUUUGAGAACAGUAAAAGUAGACUCUGUGGAUAUUCUUUUUUCGAAUUGCUGGCUCUCACUCAUAGGCUCCCCCCUAGAGCACAGCCUCCGGGCUCCAGUUAUAACAUCCGCUCUAAGCUGAAUACAAAAAACGAGGCGGAGGACCGUUAGACUAUAUUUUCAACAUCAACUACACGUUUGACCUUCUAGUUCACCAAAUGCGGUUAUAACUUCAAAAGUUCUUGUCUACCGCCUAAUUGAUUAAAUCUAUGACUAAAACAGGAUGAAUUAUUGAUUGAUUGAAAAAAAAAUCGUGAAUAAAACAUUUAUUUUAAAAAAUGCUUGCAACAACUAGGCCCAAAAGUGAAUCAAAAAUUAUGUCAGAUCAGAUUCCUACAAGGGAAGUUUGAAAUAUAUAUUAUUUGAAAGAUGAUGUCUUCGUUUUUCCUUUUCUUCAAAAAUUGAGUCGAUACGAAAGAGUUGCGGAUCUUCUUGAGCGGCUCGUUUUCGGAAGGAGAUCUCGCUAGAGAUGUUUUGCCGAGUCGAGGGGGAAAGAACUUCAAACGGCACAAUUGGGCUCAAAGACGCGACUUCCGGCGGGAGCGUCGCCGUCGCCGCCGCUGCACCCUUUACGCGCCGCUUCUUCCACCUUUCCGCCCCACGUCCAUUGUCUCACCUGCCUUUUUUUUGCCUCCGAAAAGCCUCAAACUCCCGGCAACUCUUCUGACAAACUUCAAUAA